AUGUGUGGGAGAUACUGGGAGGGCUGGGAGGACACACAGAGCAGAGGCUCGUCCAGGAACGGUGGACGAGGAGGACGUAAUGAGCCUCUGAAGAAUCGUCCCAAGUGGAAGAGUGACUAUCCGAUGACAGAAGGCCAGCUGCGGAGCAAGCGGGACGAGUUCUGGGACACAGCCCCGGCCUUUGAGGGCCGUAAGGAGAUCUGGGACGCCCUGAAAGCUGCAGCUGUGGCUCUGGAGUGCAAUGACCACGAGCUGGCCCAGGCCAUAGUAGACGGAGCCAGCAUCACAUUGCCACAUGGUACUCUAGCAGAGUGUUAUGAUGAACUGGGGAACCGCUACCAGCUUCCUGUCUACUGCCUGGCUCCACCCAUCAACCUCAUCUCAGAGCGAAGUGACGAGGAUCCCAGUGACAGCCCUGAACCUCCUGUGGCACCCAAGAAGGAAUUCCAGCUCAAGGUACGGCUCUCCACGGGCAAAGACCUGCGCCUCAGUGCCAGCAUGGCCGACACCAUCGGGCAGCUGAAGAAGCAGCUUCAGGCUCAGGAUGACAUUGAUGCCACCCAUCAGCGCUGGUUCUUCUCUGGGAAGCUGCUGACCGACAAGACGCGGCUACAAGACACUAAGAUCCAGAAGGACUUUGUCAUCCAGGUCAUCGUCAACCCACAAGCCCUCCAAUCCCCCAAGCCAUCACCCGUCUCCACCACUGCCUCCACGCCUGCCUCUGAAUAGCUGAGGAUGCAGAGGAUGGAUGGGCAGGAUGGUGCAGUGGGCUGCAGACACAAAGAGACCAGAGGUGCCUCCUCGUGCUGGAUGACUUCUUUUUUUAACAGCCACUGUUAUUGAAAUAAAAUCAAACUGAAAAGGUACGAAACUUCUCUGGAACAAAAACAUGAGGGAGGACUACCACAUGACAUUCAUGUGAGUCUGCUGAGUUUGUUCUGUCAGUAAAUCCAGUCACCACACUAACUGUGAAGAUAGCCGUCCUCUUUUCUUUUUCAACAUCUCCAACAGAAGCAGAUAAUCAUGACGGUGUGCAGCCUUCCAACCACAUACACGAUGUGCACAUCACGCUGCACAUGCAGCCUCUGCCUCUGAACCUGUGUCUGCACUGAUGCUAACUAAGUGCCAAUGGGGGUGUUGCAGAGGUGUUUGCGUUGGUUCUGAAGCACAUUAUGAUGCCCAUCGACUCUGCACUGCAAUCCUUUCUUUACAGACACAGGAGCGGAGAGCAGAGGCUAAGAUGCUGAACUGUUUUCUUCUCUCUUUUAUUAAGGAAAUAAUGUAAACUGAGCUUUUUUGCACAUUUGAGUAUGACUAUACUUUGUGGUAGUUUGUGUGCCUUCGACAAGACAAAACAAAAAGGGUUAAUGUCCUGAAAUACACUAGUUUUACUGCUAGACUAAGACUUCUGUAAUUUACUCUUCAGGAACUUUUAGAUCAAUCGAAGCUAUUAUUGCUGCCUUUUUUUUUAAGAACUUCAAGAAUCGUGCAGAGGAAACAUCUGGUGUGUGUGUGUGUGUGUGUGUGUGUGUGUGUGUGUGUGUGUGUGUGUGUGUGUGUGUGUGUGUGUGUGUGUGUGUGUGUGUGUGUGUGUGUGUGUGUGUGUGUGUGUGUGUGUGUGUGUGUGUGUGUGUGUGUGUGUGUGUGUGUGUGUGUGUGUGUGUGUGUGUGAGAGAGUGAAGAAAGAACAUAUAUCUGGCCUAUAUGAUACAUUUCAGUUUGACGUAGCUUACAAAGACAAGACUGUUUCCUCUGUGUAUCAGUUAUCGUUCAGCACUCAAUCAUAUCAUCUUUUGGGAAAUUCAAAAGUAAUGUUAUUGAAAAGCUGCAUUAUUGACCACUUAAUGACCCCCAUGACCACUAGGGGGCAGCAGCACACCUCUAAUAAAGUCAGCUCAGUAGUUUGGGGCUUGUUGCCCUUUUCAUCUCCACCUGAUGAAUGUAAAUCCAGCAUUCACUCGCUUUUUAUGUUAAUGUAGUCCAGAAAAUAUGCCGCACUUGUUCAGAUGAGGUUUGACUUCCUACACCAGCAGACAGCUGAGUUUAGCAACAAGCAUGUUUUUAUAUAUGAGGUUGAUGAGAGCUGUUGGGUGUCAGGAGCGGUGAACGAAAACAAUGAGCUGAGAGCUGCAGAAGUUGCAGAUCCAAAUGUGGAAUCUGCGAGUCCUGCAGGGAAUUGUGCAUCUAAAAUAUAUAGGAGUCUUUGACCUGGUUCGGCCUACUCAGUGUGUAUAAAUAAAUAUAUCAUGUCUUCUGUGACUCUGGAAAACUGACCUAACUUCUGUUUCAAAGUGAAGGAGAGGCAGGAAGGUGGCUUCAACAUACAUAACACUGCAUCAUGGGAAAUGUAGGAGCCAUUAUUUGCAGUUUUUCCUGAAGUGAGGGAUGAAAGUCAGGUUAUCUAGGCCUCUGCAGGGUUUAUUCCCUCAUUCUUGAUGCCGUCUGUCACAAGUCCUCCAGACAUGAAACACAAGAUCAUCUGAGCGCCUCUGUAGUUAUUUAUACGUCAGUCAAAACACCAAUUUUAAAUAUAUGAUUGAAAGAAGACAACUAAUUUGUUUAGUGACAGCUAUCAGGUUUGUCUUUCUUAAAGCAAAGCAACUUCAAUUUUACAUUUCUGUGACGACCCCAUCAUUAAACUUGCAAAGGGUGUUGGUUGUAGCUGCUCUCCAAAACAUUGUGACUGACCUGUGUGAGCAGAAAUAUGAAAUGAACUGCUUUAGUCAUUUUGAAAUAGUCCUAAGGUGAGUUCUUCAUGUAGGAAAGAGGCUCAGUGAUACAGAGUAAAACAAUGCUAGUUAAUAUAAUAAAAAUGUACCUUUCACAACAAUCACAAUCAUUCCUCUCUCAAGCGAUGCAGCAUGUUUCUCAGUUUGACACAGAACAAUAGCAGCAUUUCUUUCUUUAUAUAGCGUUCCAGCUGCAGUGACUCUCACAGAUCCUGGUUUUGUAACAAAGAUGUUUUGAAUCAGAAAAAAAGCCUCCAGCUUUGUCACCGACCACAGCAGCUGCCGGGGGACUGAACCAUGCCAACCACAGACAAAAGUACCUUGAAUUUAUGGAUGCUGAAUAUACCGUUGGGCCAGACAGUCUGAGUGGUUGAAACUGUGGUUAAAUUCAUGCUGUACCAUUCUGCAUGUCAGAAUGCUCAGUGAAGACACACACCCCCCUCACAUCAUGUGUGUGUACCAUAUUUUUGUCUGAGUGCUCUUAACAUAAAAAAAUCCCACAGCUGCAUUUGGUUCCACACACCCAUCAAUCACUUUGUCGUGUAAGAAAUCAAAUCCAGCACCAUGCCUGAGACAAUGACAUAAAGGUUUCAAUCUGAGACAUUUCAUAUGUGUUUGACCACAGUGUCCAUGUAUAGAGACAAAGACAGCCUGUGGUUUGAUGAAUGUUAAAUCAGUGAGUGAAUGUCUCUCUGUGAAAUAGAACCACUGCUGAUGAUAACUCACUCUUUUGAUUCUGACUUGAUUUAUGUGCUUAACAUUUCCCUGUUUUAAGAGUUCUAGGAGGUAGUGUUAAGUCAAAUCUUUAAGGUUCACAUGUCCAGUGUGUUCAGAUGCUCCUGACCUGAUAGGAUAAACGUUUCAUCUAACCCAACUUAAGCAACUUAUUAUUGUUUGACUAACAAACUGCAAACUAACAUCUCCAUCAGCUUCAGCAAUAUCCAAUACUAACAUGCAGAUUAUAGCAAGCUAACACGCUAACAUGAUGAACGUAUUGAACUUCAUCAAUGCUAAUAAUGCUGGUGCAUGUUAACAUUGUCCCUGUGGCUAUGUUGACAUUAGCAUUCACUCUGCCUGUGAAAAAUCAAACUACAAAAAUCAAGUUCUUCAAGUUGCACAAACCUGCUAGAAAUCUUGCAGAGUAGUUCAUACUUCAUGUUUCCUGCCCCAAACAGGAGAAACGGGAACAUCAAAUCCUGACUCUGCCUCUUUGCAUCGCUCUCACUUUCAGGUCAUGUUAGUGUCAGAUUUGAGUUACAUCCCAGAGUAGAUGUUCAGAUUAUUCAGAGGAGAAUCGAGACCUGUUUUGUGAACCUAGCCUGCGUUGUCCUCGUUAACAUAGAGCUCUCAAAGUUUGGUCCACUAUAGCUCAGUGUAUUGUAUUCAUUCACCGCUUUCGUCACACUAUUCUAAAGCAGUUCUGAUCAUUGAGGGAAUAAAAUGGAACCAUGAGUGUGAAACCUAACUGAGCCACAGCUCAUUAUAUCAAGAGAUGUUUUAUUUUGUAUAAGAUUUUCAGUAUUUUGUUUCUUUCACAUCAACUCUCAGCCAGUCGCAGUCACCCUUUCUGGAUCUCUCUGGGUCUUCGCUUUUUUUCCGUGGUUCUUCUAGGGAUAUUUCAAAUCAUUGUAUGCAAACUUGAAUAAGCCUUUUUCUCUGUAUGUGCAAUACAAUAGACGUAGACCUCAUAUCAUGUUUGUUUUGUUCCUCUGACUCUACAGAUUUCAUAGAGCACCAGCUAUGAGUGUUGUUCAAGAAAUGUCAACUACAGGUGAAUGCCUGCUCUGUUCUGAUGCCUGUCAGAUAAUCAACUGUUUCAAAUGUUUAUGUGUGUCACUUUGAAAAUGUAUUUUAUGCUGUCAUCUGAUCUUUACAUUGACUCUCACCUUUCACAGAGUAAUUAUCUACACAUUAAAAUGCCUACAUAUAUUUUC